GGCAGCCGUUUCCUUCUGUAAUCUACAGAAACACACUUAACUUCUCAACUGGAUUGUUUUUAUUUUAUUUUGAAGCUCAACUGCAUUUGCUCCCAUUGCCACACAAUGUCUCUCAAUGCCUCCUUUCCACUCCUUAAGCCUUCCAAGAAUGACCAGGCAUCGAUUAAGGACGCUGAAGCCAUCAUGAAAAACGUCUCCAUGGUCCUCUACGCUCUGAUUGUCUUCCUUGGCAUCCCAGGGAACUCCAUGGUGAUCUGGGUGGUUAGAUUCAAGCUCAAGCGAAAUGUAACCAACGUUUGGCUGUUGAAUCUGGCGAUAGCGGACUUGAUCUUCUGCAUCACACGAAUCUUCUCCCUCACCAAGAACCUCUUCUUCGACCACUGGCCAUUCGGCACCUUCAUCUGCAAGUUCAACGGCUUCUUCAAGUACGCCAACAUGUUCUGCUCCGUCUUCCUGUUGGCUGUGAUCAGUCUGGACCGAGCCCUCUGCGUCUGGCAUCCCGUCCUCACCAAGCGCCGUCGCACCAUAUGGGCCGCCAGGGUGGUGGCUUUCUGCGUCUGGUGCUCAGCGAUUAUCUUUAGCACUCCAUACUUUGUCUACCGCAAAGUCUACCUGGGGAAGAACAACCUGAGCAAGUGCUCUUUGGAGGUGAAGGAGGGGAACACCAUUGCUAAACCAAUUCUCUACUCAAUCCGCUUCCUCUGUGGCUUCAUGAUGCCUUUCCUGGUCAUCCUUAUCUGUUACAUCCUUGCCGCAAUUGGUAUCCGUCGAACCCGCCUCACAGGGAAGUCCCGCCCCCUGCGCAUAUUAGCAUCAUUAGUUGUUGCCUUCUUCCUCUGCUGGGCGCCAUACCACUGCCUCCUGCUGGUGAAGAUGGUGGACAGUAAGAACGCGGUGGUGAAAAUCUGGCACCCUGUGGCAAAGGGCGUCGGCUACUUUAACAGCUGUGUGAACCCGCUGAUGUACUUCUGCAUUGGGCUGGCAGUGAGGGGGCGGUUCAGGCAGAGUCUGGCGGGGGUGUACAAGAGAGCUCUGGCGGACGAUGGGGAGGGACAGGUGACCCAAUCCCACGACCAAUCUCUGGAUGACAGCAGCGGGUCAAAGCACAGUACUGCCAUAGUGGCAGGAAGCAGUCUCACAACCCCCCUCUAGAGUUAACACAAAUGACACAUAUUGACAUAUGACAAAACAUAGCAGAAACAAAAAGACAGUCAUCUGUUAUGUUUUUACUGUAUGUCUUUUAUAAGAGAUUCUACUGAAAGAUUCUGUUCCGUAAAGGAACUCAUUAACACCAACAUCCCCGGUUGUCAUAAAUGCUGUAUAGCUAUAUUUUUUUAACAGGGCAUUCUUUUUGAAAAUAUCCACCAAGAAAGUCUAAUCUACUGUUUAUUGUAUGUUCAUAUGUAUAGAAGUAUUCUAUAGUACUUGAUCUUGCAGACCAUGAAAGUUGUAUUAAGUGCCACAGCGAUAUAUUAGAAGGUAAAAAGGUUGGUUAUAGUAAAAGGAGUAGUGUAACGUUUUUAACUGACUUUCUCUGUAUUUGUAUAUAUAUUGGUCAAAGCAAUCCUAUGUCUAAUUUGAAGACCUCAUGAUGAAGGGAAUCAUUGGAUAGAUGUUGAUAUACUGAGAUUGGAUUCACAAUUUCCUGUAAACUGUGUUGUGAUGUUUGUUAUUUAAGUCACAGAUGAAAAGUGGAACUGUGGUAAGUCUGGAGGAAUAGGAAAGACGAGAGGGGGAAGUGAGACUAUUCAAAGGAAAGCCAGUUAUAACUUGACACUAUCCUUUAGUGAGGGGUCACACUGCAGGAAAGAUGAAAUGAAACUGUACAUUAAAUCCACUUGAAAACUAGAAGAGCUAGAGUGCAGAGGCCUGUACUACGAAGCUGGUUCAACCUAACCUGGAUAUGUUGGAGUUAGCCGGUUGGCCUAAGCCAAA